ACUUACUCUGCGAGUCAGUGAGGGAGAUCAUGGCGGCGGUGUUGGCAGCGAUUCUCUAGAAGAUCAACCAACCACAGCGUUUUACGUUUGCGCUGAACUUAGUGGCGACACUGGUGUCUCUACGGCAGCGGCAGCAGCAGCGUGAGUUGCCUCAGCAGCGAGUCACCAUGGCGACUGGAAUAGCCGUGGCUCUUGUGUUCAUCGGAUGCUGUAGCAAUGUGGUGUCUCUGGAGCUGCUUGUAAGAGAGUUUCCAGGAUGCGGCAACAUUGUCACCUUUGCUCAGUUUUUAUUAAUCGCAUUAGAAGGUUUCAUCUUUGAAACAAACUUUGGGAGGAAGAAACCAACAAUUCCUAUCCGUAACUAUGUGAUCAUGGUGACAAUGUUCUUCACAGUCAGUGUGAUCAACAAUUAUGCUCUCAACUUCAACAUUGCCAUGCCACUGCACAUGAUCUUCAGAUCGGGAUCACUAAUCGCCAACAUGAUCCUGGGAAUAAUCAUCCUGAAGAAAAGGUAUUCAACCAGCAAAUAUCUGUCUAUAGUUUUAGUUUCAGCUGGUAUCUUCAUCUGCACCAUCAUGUCUGCCAAACAAGUGAAUGUGGCCAGUGAGGGAUCAGAGGACGGAUUUAAUGUCCUCAUGCGAUGGCUUAUUGGUAUCGCCAUGUUGACGUUUGCUCUCCUGAUGUCUGCGAGAAUGGGCAUUUUCCAGGAGACGCUUUACAAGCAGUAUGGCAAACAUUCCAAAGAGGCUCUCUUCUAUAAUCACUGCUUGCCACUGCCAGGCUUCCUGCUUUUCGCCACAGACAUCUAUCGCCACUGUGACCUCUUCACUCAGAGCGCUCCUGUCGUCAUCCCUGUGUUUGGACUGACCAUGCCAGUAAUGUGGUUCUACCUGCUGAUCAACGUCAUCACACAAUACGUCUGCAUCCGUGGUGUUUUCGUUCUGACCACAGAGUGCACCUCACUCACCGUCACCCUGGUGGUGACACUGAGAAAAUUCCUCAGCCUCAUCUUCUCCAUCAUUUACUUCCAAAAUCCCUUCACGACCUGGCAUUGGGUGGGCACGGCAGUGGUCUUUCUGGGUACGCUGCUGUACACAGAGGUACUGAGCAGCAUAUGGACAGCUCUACGUGGACCUGCCAUCAAGGACAAGAAGGCUGAGUGAAGAAGAUAAGAAUAGAAAAGCAACAAUUUUGAUGGCUUGACAGAUUUUGGACGACUACCCUGCAAAGAUUUUUAUUGGUUUAAGUCAAACUUUUGAUCACAUAUUAUUGGUUUGCAUUAAUAUUAUAUGUUGUUAUGUAUAUGUUUUGGUUACCGACAUUUUAUUACGCCACCUCUCAAACCUGUCUGACAUGAUGUCUGGUGCUUGCUGAAGACAUGGUUAGUCUUAAAAGCAGCUGAAUUUGCGGUAAAUCCAGACAAUGAAAGGUUUAUAUUACACUCCAGAGCACUGCAGCCCAGUGCGUCUCUUAUGCUCCUCUACCAUGACAACAGUGUGCAAUAGUAGGUCACUUUAAUUUAGACAUUUUUCUAUUGGCUCGCAGCACAAGAAUUUUGUAGAAAUGCAUUGUCUCCAGGCUGACAUUACCCAUCCUUCAGUAAGCAGAUGUUUGAUGGAAACCUGUCAUUUGACUGUUUCUACAUCUGCAGAUUUCAUUACCAGCCACUGGUGUCACCAAUACAUAUGGAUUUCUGAAUGUUACAUUUACUACCUUUUAAAUAAGGAACUAUUUUAAAUUAGCCGGUUUUUGUUAUCUUUUUAAAAACUUGAGUAUUUUUAGGAUUUUUAAAGGUUUACAAACAAAACAAAACUUUUGUUGUCAUCAAUAUGUGCCCAGUGAUAAUCGUGAUGGGCUUUGUUAUCUGAUUAAUUAAUUAAUUGAAAACCAGUUAGGUUUAAAUGCAUAACUAAUGUAUGUGCAAUAUCAUUUUGAAACAGUUUUAAUGCAUUUCCAAUCAUCUGGAUGCUGGAUUUAGUUGAUUAAAAGGAAGAAUGUGAACUUGCAUAUUGAUAUAAAAGUGAGCCGUAGGAUAAUGUUCUUUUUGUGGUUUAGACUCUGUCAAGUUAUAGAGCUGAUGUUUUUUGUGUAUAGCUCAAUGAUACAUUAUUCAUAUCAAUCAAUGUUUGGUCUAUUCAUGUAAUCUGUUAUGUGUAGUGAUCAUUUUCGCUAUACAGAUUUCACGUUGGUACCUUAUUCGCCUGUAUAAAUGCAAAACCAAGAUGAACCACAAUUCACCUUUUCUUGUCUGCAUUGUAUGGAUGUUUAUUAUUUACCUCAUACAUUGUGUGGAUCAGUGGGUUUACACUGAACACAGUGAUGGAGCUAGAAUCAGGAUUAUUGAGCUACAUAUCAUCUGUAGAGAUCAUGUAGCUGCUGCAUCUUAUUUCUCAUGUGUCUCAGGUUAACUGGACCAGUGUUUGCCAACACGUAGAAACAUGCUCAGGACGUUUACUUACUAAUCACUCAAAUUAAAAUGACAACAUAGCUA